UGUUUUCUGUAUAAAAGACCCUGGCGUGCUACCGAUCAGUAUCCAGUAUCUUUUCGGACUCUGGUCUUCCCAGUUCACCGUUCACCGAACCAAACUAGUACGAGCAUCACAAUGAAAACUUUGGUGUUAUUAGGGUUAGCCACGCUGUUGGUUUUAAGUUCUGCGGCAGAGGACAAGAAGGCCGAAGAAGUGAAACCAGUCGAGCAGGCUGAAAAGAAGCAGGAAAAGCGUGGCCUCUUCGACCAUGACUUUGGCGGACAUGAUUUCCAUGAAUAUGAACAUCACGAUCAUCACGAUCAUCAUAUCGAUUUCCACCCACAUCACGAGAAGACUCUGACCGUCAUCAAGAAGGUCCCAGUCCCAUACCCAGUAGAGAAGCACAUCCCAGUGCCAGUGGAAAAGCACAUCCCAGUGCCCGUGAAGGUUGGAGUGCCAAAGCCUUAUCCAGUGUACAAGACUGUCCAUUAUCCAGUCAAGGAGAUCGUUAAGGUCCCAUACCACGUGCCAGCUCCUUAUCCAGUUGAAAAGAAGGUCCCAUACCCAGUCCAUGUUCCAGUUGACCGACCAGUCCCAGUCAAGGUGUACGUGCCAGCUCCUUACCCAGUAGAGAAGAAGGUCCCAGUCCCAGUUAAGGUCCAUGUCCCAGCCCCAUACCCAGUUGAGAAGAAGGUCCUGGUCCCGGUCAAGGUCCCAGUCCAUGUUGAAAAGCCAUACCCAGUUGAGAAGGUUGUGCACUAUCCAGUCCAUGUCCCAGUUGACCGUCCAGUCCCUGUCCAUGUUGCCAAGCCAGUGCCAGUCCCAGUUGAGAAACCAGUCCCAUACCCAGUCUACAAGAAGGUCCCAUACCCAGUCCAUGUCCCAGUCGAUCGUCCAGUCCCAGUGCACGUUGAAAAGCCAGUGCCAGUCCCAGUCAAGGUCCCAGUCCCACAACCCUACCCAGUUGUCAAGCACAUCCCAUACCCAGUAGAAAAGCACGUCCCAUACCCAGUCAAGGUCCCAGUUGAACGCCCAGUCCCAUACACUGUCGAGAAGCACAUCCCAGUCGAAGUCGAGAAACCAGUCCCAUACCCAGUCAAGGUCCCAGUCCAUGUUCCAGUCCACCAUGAGGAACAUCAUCACGAAGAAUACCAUCACUUCGAUGAUCACCACGAUUUCCACCAUGAACACUAAAAAACAGCAAUUAUUGUGAUAAAACCCCCUUUACUUAAUCGAAAAUAGUUACCUCCCAGUUCCUUAAUUACUAACCCCAUUCCCAUCCAAGCGAAAAACAAAACAAAACCCCCAAAGAAACUAACCCUCAUUCGUAUUCGACCAUAAGAAUGAUCGGAAUUUCAAUGAACCCAAGCAAAUGCGUUCAAACGUUCGUGAUAUUUACUAAGUUACCAUAAAUGUGUGCCUGUGGCAGCUUGCUUUUCCAGAGCUGCUCACAGGUCAAAAUACUCACCGGAAAAUUCCAUCACAGCGCGCAACAACUAAUUCAAGAUUAAGAUUUACAUCAACCUACGACCGGAAAGUAAUGAUCGCAAACGGUGAGUGGCUUUUCCCCUCUCAUCAACCGACCGGAGGAGAGCUAGCCCGUUUCCACAUUAAUUUUCCACCCAACAAAGUCCAAAAAAAAAACGUGAAGCGCAGGCGAGCAUUGUUAUUUGUUUCUCAAUUAUUGUUUUACACGAUUGAUACGCACGCCAGCGCCAUCAAUCGAGCGAAGAGAGUGGAUUAUAAAAAACAAUCUCAAAAGACUUAUUAAAAAAAUGAACCAAAAAUCAUAAAAA